AUCAAACAACAUUACCAACAAGGACAAACUAUCACAACCAUAUUUUCCCACUCAUCUUUCCACUCCCAUUUCAAAGUUAGCUUACCCAACAUAACACCCUUCCUUUCAUUCCCCUUCCAAAAUUUGAUUCCAUCCAUCAUACCCAACCUUAAACAAUGGUAACAUCUUGCCUGAGCUUCGUCUCGUUGUACGGCUCCUUCCUUCGUCGUUCCCUUGGCUCGUCAGGCCUUUGUUCUCAAAAAAUCGACGUUGAUUCCUUCACUACUAUCCACUUUUGGGGUCCUAAACCACCUUCAUCUUCUAAUGGUGACAAACAUAAGAAACCGGCUCUAUUAUUGAUCCAUGGUUUUGGUCCUCAUGGCGUUUGGCAGUGGCGCCAACAGGUCUCAUUUUUGGCCCCUCAUUUCGAUCUCUACAUUCCGGAUUUAGUCUUUUUCGGGGAAUCCACAACAAAAUCAUCCGAACGAUCAGAAAUCUUCCAAGCAACAGCCAUUGUAAAACUAAUGGAAAAUCUUGGUGUAAGCAAGUACUCGGUAAUAGGAACAAGUUAUGGUGGUUUCGUGGCUUAUAGAAUCGCGGAAAUGUGGCCCGAUAGGGUCCAAAAAGUGGUGAUCGCGAGUUCAGGAGUAAACAUGAGACCAAAAGAUAACAAAGAGUUGUUAAAGAGAGCGAAUACGGAGAGGAUCGAAGAAUUGAUGCUGCCGGAAAACGCGACACAGCUACGGACGUUGAUGCGUUUGGCUGUGUAUUAUCGUGUCUACAUGCCUGAUUUUUUUCUCAACGACUUCAUUGACAAAUUGUAUUGCGAGAACAGGAAAGAAAAGCUGGAAUUGCUUAAAGGGGUGGUACUUGGCAAAUAUGACACCCCUAACAUUUCCCCUCUUCAACAGGAAGUAUUAAUCAUCUGGGGUGAUCAGGAUAACAUCUUUUUGUUGGAUAUGGCUACAGAACUCAAAGAUAUGUUGGGGAAGAAUGCAUCAUUGGAGGUGAUGAAGAAGGCAUCACAUGUACCUCAACUUGAACAAGCCAAGAUCUUCAAUAAAAUUGUCUAUAAUUUUUUGUGUGCCUCCUCGUGAACUUACAUACAUAUGCACUUGUUGUCAGAUUGCUUGUUUCAAGUCAAUCACCAGUAUUUAGGCUUUAUGGUAUUUGGCAGAACAAAAAUGUAACAUGUAUUUCGGAGGGGUACGUAGAAGAACGAAUGAUUUUGAUGUAUUGGUUGGUUUUGAAAAAGCGUUGGUUUUGUGAGACUAAA